GUCCCACCAACCAGGGAGCCCCAUAUAGGGCUCAAUUCCCGGGACCUGGGGAUCAUGGCCUGAGCUGAAGGCAGAUGCUUAAUCAACUGAGCCACCCAGGUGCCUCCUCACGGAGUUUUUAUCAGUAAAAUAUUCAGCAUGUCAGAUGGUGGUAAUUUCUGUGAGAAAAAGUAGAGCAGGGGAGGGGACAGAGCAGAGAUGGGGAAGGGGGUAGCAUUAUAAAGUAGGAUGGCUAAGGAAGGCCUCCCUGGGAAGGUGACAUUUAGUGAAGACCUGUAAUAGUUGAGGGAGUGGGUCAUGCAAGAUAUUUAAGGGAAGAGGUGGAGCUAAGAGUGAACACAAAGGCCCUGAGGUGGGGACAUGUUUGGUGUGUUGGAAGGAUAGCAAGGAGAGGCCAGUGUGGCUGCAAUGAUGUGGGGGAAGGGAAAGCAGUAGAGGAUGAGGUCACAGAAAGAAAUGGGGAGGAGAUGAGGGCCUUGUAGGUCAGGGGACGGUUUAUCUUUUACUAUGAGCAAAGCUUGGUCUGGCUCUUGUGUUGACGAUAAUCCAUAAGGGGAACUGGGUGGGAGCAGGAGAUGUGUUGGGAGGCUGUUGUACAAUAAAUACUACAGAUGAGAGAGAUAUGGUGACUCAGACCAAAGGAGUUGGGGUGGUGAUGAGAAAGGGUCAGAUUCUGGAAGGAUUCUGAAGGUGGAGCUGACAGGACCAGCUUACUGAUUGGGUGUGAGCUUGCAGCAUGGCCCUCCCAGCUAAGCAGGUAUAUCCCUGUAUCUUGUGUGUCCCCCACUCCGGGCGGGCCAGCCUUUUCACGGGCCUUUAGUUGUACUUCUAUUCUCUAACUCGAAAUAUCCUUGUCUGUUUCCUGCCAACCUUUUGUGGUCUAUCAAAAGUCCUACAGAGCAUGUCGUCAAGUCAGCUGAAUUUAAUUCAGUUUAACAAGUUUUAUUUAAUAGGCAUCGAGUUUAGUUAUUAUGCUAAGAACACUUAGAAUGCAAAGGUUAUGUGAGAUAUAGCCGGAACCUCAAGGAACUUCUGGCUUUUGUCUCAUGUGUAGUAGGGGGAGUAACUGUAACAUGAGGAUUUAUUCAUUUAUUCUAUGAGCUCAGCAUGGCCACUGGGAAGCCCGAUAACCAUUUGGAGCUUGACUUAUGCCAAGCUGAGCCUCCUUUUUCCUGUCUUUCCCAUCUCAUCAUCCACCUAAUUCUUUAGGCCCCCAACCAGGGGUUUCCUUUAAUUAUCUCUUUUCCUUAACCCCCACACUCAGUGUUGGUGAUUCCCAUUUUCACUAUCUCCAGAAUAUGUUCUCAAGCCAACUACUUCUCACUGUCCUCUGCUCACCACUCAUACCCCUCAUCUCUCCUCUGGCCUCUGCAGCAGUCUCUCAGAUUGUCCUCUCUCCACUUCGAUUCUUUACCCCGUAAAAUCUGCUCUUGACCCAGAGACCAGGGAGGUCUUUUAAAAAUGUAAAUAAGUCAGACAAUGUCACUCUUCUUGCUUAAAACUUUCCAGUGGCUUUUCACACUUCACAAUUAGAGUGAAGUCCCAACUUUAUACCAAGACCUCCCAGACCCCUCCAGAUGGCCCCUGCCUACUUGUCUGAUCCCUGUGAUUCCCGCCCACCCUCUCUCAUUAUUUGCCGUCCACACUGGCCUUUAUUAUUAUCAUUGUCUAUAUUACCAAUGUAACACACAUCAAUGUUACCCUUUUAACCAUCUUUAAGUGUACAGUUCAACGGCAUUAAGGAUAUUCACAGUGUUGUGUGAUCAUUACCACUAUCCCUUUCCAGAAUUUUCAUAAUCCUGAGCAGAAAUUCUAUACCCAUUAAACACUAAUACCCCAUUUCUCCAUCCCUCGAGUUCCUGGUAGCUUCCACUGUACCUUCUGUCCCUGUGAAUUUGCUUACUCUAGGUAUCUCACAUGAUAGUCUUUGUGUACGCACGUUUGUGCCUGUCUGUAUGUGCAUGUUUUUGUUGUUGCUCGAACAUAUCAAAGUCAUCUCACCUCCGAGUCUGACCUUACUAGAAAUCCUUCUGGUUAAAACACUCUUUGUCCAGUUUCCACAGGCCUGGUUCCUUCCCAUCACUCCCUGAGUAACGUAGUUGAAGUAUCUCCACCAGCCCCGCGCCCCACUCCUCUGUCUCCACCAUACACUCACUCUUUGUCCCAUGACUCUCUUUGAUUUUCUUAUUAGCAUGUACAUUUCUCAAGAGCAGGGCCCAUGACUUCUUGCUGAUUGUUGUUUCUUUAGUGCCUAAAGAGAUGUUCAUCACAAAAUAGGUGCCAAGCAAAUAGGUGCCACACAUUUGUUAUCUGCUGUGUGCCCAGCACUGUGCUACUUACCAGAGAUAUGAAAAACAAAUGAGACAUCCUUCCUGCCCUGAAGGCUGGUGCUAUCUCUAUGAAGAAGACAGAUAUGUAAAUGGAUAGUUGUAAUAAAGAUUUACAAAUGACCGCUGAAAGAUGGUCAAGGGCUAUGAAUGAUAGUGUGUUUGUGACUUGUGGGCGUGGGGAGGUGUGGAGGAGUCAAGGAAGGCUUAACAGUGUUGAUGAUAUUUGAAUACAUUUUGAAGGAGGAGAAGGAAUUUCUAGACUGAUGAUGACAAGGGCAUUCCUGUCAAAAGAGACCGCAUAUUUAUGUAUCAGAAAUUCCAUCAAAGAGGUAAAAUGAAGUGCUAUGAUGGUUCAAUUCCAGCCAACAUUUCCUCCCUAGACCUCCGAGAAUACUUAAUGCCAACACUCAGCACUGGUUUCAUUUCCACUGUCAACUGCAGUUUCCUGGAAUGUUGGAUUAAGAAGGAUUCUGAGGCAGAGCUCAGUGGGAAAAUUGCUAUGUUGAGUUAGCAAUGCUGAUUUUUAGGGUUGCAGGGGAAAUAGGAGCUUCUUGUGCUGUGCAUUUGUUAAAACAGGUCACCACUUUCUGUAACAAACCAAAUAGAGGAUUUUAUCACAUACAUGGUGACUUUAAAGUAAUGAAGCUGUCUUCCAGUAGUUCCUUGUAAAUAACAAAAUCACAUUCCAUACAGUGCUAUAUGAUCUUUUGAUUCUUACAUCUAAUUAUUUUUUGGAUGUUGAUCUUGUCUUCCCAGAAAAAUCAUAGACUUCCUGAUGUGAAAACUAAGUCUCAUAUCUCUGUUCUCCACUCUCUAACACCCCUGCCCCCUGCCCACCCUGCUCUGAUUCCUGGCCCAACACUGAACACCCACAGGGGCUCUCUAAACAUUUAUCUGGUUGAAUUGAGUGGUUGAUGUUGUCAUCAUAAUCAGACAACUUCAGACAUGCAGAAUCCUUAAUUGGAAAUAGAAAAUUGCCCUUAGUAACACGACUCUGGUGAUUCACUGCUUUUAACUUAUUCUCAGCUUCUUCUCCAGAGUCUUUGGUCGGCUUGCUCUGAGGAUUUUCUACAAGGAUAUGGCUGGGAAAGAAGAUACACAUUACACUAUGCUUGAUAACAUGAAAGUCCCUAUUUCGAUAGAUCCUAAACCCUGUAUAACAUUGAAGGGAAGCAGGGGAUAUUUGCAUCUUUCCUACAUUCCAAGAAGAGAUAUUAAAAAAUUAUAUUUCAAACUCUAUUUAUCUUUUAACUCCAUGCAUUUUCCAAUGCGCAAAGAAGUUAUUUGCCGAGGAUCUGAUGAUGUUUAUUCUUUCUGCAGAGCUCUGAAGGGAGAGACUGUGAAUACAGCAGUAUCCUUCUCCUACAAGGGAAUACGAUUUUCUAAGGGACAAUACAGAUGUGUUGCAGAAGCCGUCUCUGGAGAUCCUGAAGAAAUGCUCUUUUGUCUGAAUUUUACCAUCAUACACCAUCCUGAUUUCAAUUAG